AUCACACUGCGUUGAUUAUCAGGUUUUUUUUUUAUAAUUUUUAUACUCACCAAUUAUUAUUAAACAUAUUUAGACUUUUACGUUUUUCACCGUACCUAGAUAAAAAGACUGAAUAAUAAUAUAGUUUAAUAGUAUUAAGUUAUUCUCAGAUUCUGUAAUUCUUUUUUAAGUGUCACGUUUUUUUCGAAGAUUACUUGAUAAUUUCAGGUGCAUCCACCCAUGGCUGUGUCCGUGGUGCUGCUAAUGUUCGUUAUGGUAAAUCGUUUUUGUUUUCAAAAUUCAACAUUAAUCUUGACAUUAGUCGUGUGACCAUGGACCGUCCAAAUAUCGCUGUGCUGCCGUUGUCAUUUACGUGUUCACAAACAAUACACCCAAUCUCGAACUCAUCACAGUAACUGACACUCUGUAACUUGUCGGAUCAAGCGCCUGACUACAAACACUUCAAAUUAUUUAAUAUGGGUUUUUCGUUAGACACUAAAUUCAACAGUUAUGAAUAUCACAUGAUCAAGAAGUUUACAUCUGUGAUAUACGGUCGGGAAUGUAGUGCUCUUGAUAAAGUGAAAAUGUGCAACAAGACAAGUGUGUGGCACGAAAUAUUUUCGUACCUAUUGUCACCUGAUGGUAUACUUAAAAUAUACCGAGUACAGUGUACCUCUUCCUUAGAAAACAGCAAUUUUACUAUAGCUGAUGCUCGACCCAAUUGUGUGAUAAAACGUAAACUUCGAGCAGUAAUACGUGCUAGUGAAGGACAUGUUCAAUGUUCACAUAUUAUAAAAAAUUCCAAUGAUUCACUACCAGAUGAUACAAAGUAUAUUGUAGAAAUGAUAGAAAAUUAUCCAUUACGUUUAUUGGCAUUUUUAAAUACUGAACUGGAUAAAUACCAAACUUCAUUAAAUAUUCCUUAUUCUACGCCAUUGUCCAGGUAUUUAAACAGAUACAACAUUGUGGAGAUGCAGUUGGACAAUAUUUUAAAAAGUGAGGAUGACAGUAAACUUCCACUCGAGUUAUUUUAUUGUCAAAACGUGAAAAUUUUGUCUUUAAAGCAUAAUUAUUUGAAGCAAAUACCAAGUGCAAUUGGUAGGCUAUCAAAUCUCGAAGUACUAGUACUGACUGACAAUUUGUUGACUGUCCAAUCAAUACCUUUUAGUCUUAAGUUUUGUAAAAGUCUUCGAGAGCUAUAUAUUGACAAUAACCAAUUGGACGCUCUUCCUGGUUUCAUAAGCAGCAUGACACAUUUAGAAAAAGUGUAUAGGCUUGGUAAUCGUAACUACUUCAAAUCAUUUUUUUUAUGGUACCAUACUGAUUAUGAUCACAGAGCACGCAAGGAUGUAUGGAAAAACUAUUGGAUAAAAGAACCUAUAUCGAGACCAAUAAUGCCAUCGCUUUUAGACCUAAGCAUUGAGAAAAUAUUUUCAAGUGGAGUCAAUUUUUUCAAUGAAGAAAUUCCUGAAUCUUUAAAGCAUUAUAUGUCUUUAGUAUAUCUAAAUUAUAACAUUUGUAAUUAUUGUAAUGUGGCAACCAACUGUUUAAUACCAGGUUAUAGUACAGUGACAUUUCAAAAUCCAUACUUAGGUAAUACUUGUGUACCAUUCCAACAUUGGGUGUGUUCAAUGAAAUGCGCAUCUGCGAUUGAAGGUCCAGCCAAAAAAUUACAGCUUGAAGGUGCUAAGAAACUGGAUUACGAAUACUCUCAUUACAUAGCCAGGUCUAGUAAUAAAGCAAAUGAAAGUAACUAUAAUUUAAAAAUGAAACGCAAUCGUUGUAGUAUUUGUUAAGAGUUAUUUUUAUUAUAAAAAAACUUAUUCCCAAGGUUAAUAAUAUGUAUAAUAUGAUUUUAAUUUUUAUGAGACUGAUUUUAUAUUCUAAAAAAAUAUUAAUUGUGAUAGAGUGGCCUAUUCAGUCACCAACUAUUUAAAGUUAAGCUGUUAAAACAAAUUCAGUUGUUCUGUUUGUAUA